UUCAUGACUAAUCGCACAUUACCAACAAGACCAAAAACCUAUACUAUACCAUAAAGGCCAGCUGACUGAACUGACAGUGAACUGCCACCGCACAAUGUCAGGUCAACAGUUUCUUUGCAAUCCAAAACACACACCGAUUUCCCUGAUCAUGACGAAAUUGAUUUCUUAGCACAACAUUACGAAAUCCCUUUUGAUCUUUCGGAUUUGUAUCGGCUGCCAAAUAAUUAUCAUCUGGGCAAAUAUUACACACGCACGCUUCCAUCUACGAUUUUUUCUGUCUCCUGUCAGCCGUUGUAAUUCUGCGUGGAAUUUAUCCAUCAUCUUCUUGAUCUUCCCGAUCUAGUUGUAUUCUGUGGGUGAUCGGUUAUCGGAAGGGAUAUUGUUUACGUACCACUUCACAAAAUGGCACUAGUUGAUUCAGCCCUUGCGGAUUUUGACCAGUUGCACAUUAGCGAUCCGGAUGGACAGGAGGCUGCCGGUUUUGGCGGCCCCCCGCCGCCACCCGGCCCGCCUCCUCCUCCGGGCGGUGCUGGACCAGCACCUCCCCCACCGCCUCCUCCUCCUCCAGGUCCCGGAAUGUUGCCGACAUACAAACAACAGAAAGAACAGGCAGACCAAGAGUCCGGAAAAAGCCUGGCAGAAAAACUGAGCGGUGGAAAGAAAUCGGAAUCAAAGCCAUUUAAUUAUGGCAUCACUGCUGAUCAGCUGAAAACUCCAAGCGCAAUCAAGCGGGAAAAUGCGGCACGCGCAGCGGAAGGCACCCUUGGCACAUCGCCCUCCAGUUCGCGCCCAUCGACACCGGCUUUCAAUCGGGAUAGACGGCCCUCGGGAGAGCAGACCAACGGACAGCCAGCCGCGGGCGUGGGCAGCAUUAAAUCUCUGGCGAGUCAGAUACAAUCUCUUCAGUCGCGCCCUGCAGCUCCGGUUGCGGAUUAUACUUCGUCCAGUCCGCCAUCGAACAGCGUCCCAGUACCACCGGCCCACAGCUACAAUGCAACGUCUAUCUCGCCACUGGCCACGCCCAACAGGACCCACACCCCGAUUGCGGAACAGUAUCAAGACGGAAGUGGGCAGUAUGGUCAGCGAGCGCCUCAACAGUUGGUAACAUCCAGUUCAGUGCGAGCUAAACCGGCGUCGCCUUCUCCAGCUUAUGAUCGACUUUCGGAAUGGGCUACUAGCGCUCCCAGCGAUGAUGAGGGAGUCGGAUUUUCGUCGCCGUCACCGUCAUUCGGCUACUCAAAUCCAGCAGCCCAGUCCAGCCAACCCUACCGGCAACCGGAAGCGCACGCUUAUUCACACAGUCCAUACCAGCCACAAGCACCGGCAACCUCGCAUCAACCCCAACCACAAGCGCAGCAGUACCCUUACAAGUCAACCGCUACCCUUGUUCGUCAGGACAGUCAAGGAGAGAAAUCGAGAGCCGCCCAGAUGAUGGAGCAGAUCCGCACCAACUACACGAGCGGCGCCGGUGCUCCUUUCCAGCAAACGCAACCCUUUGAACCGACGCCGUACAAUUCACCAUUUCGAACUCAAGGAAAUUCAUACAAUCAGCCUCAGACACAGACGCAGCAGCAGCCAUCAAGAAGUGUCGGCGGUUAUCCACAAAAUUACAACAAUCAGAAUGCCUACAGCCAACCCGCGUACAAUGGAUCAAGCUCUCCUUACAAUCAACAGCCAAGCCAGCACAAUUUUCAGUCAGGACCACCAUCUUCGCAUCAGCAUGUUUAUCAAACACAAACUUCAAAUCCAGGAAACCAGCAAUAUGUCAAUCAAAACUUUCACCGGCCUCCGCCGGAACCGAAGUCUUACGCGACACUUCCAUUUUCUACCUUUGUGACACCGUCAAAUGUCGAUUUUGAUACCGACUCCAGGUCCUGGGGCAGUGCGCCGUUUGGACGCAAUGUCUCCCAGCCGGCACCUCCACGAUACACUAGUCAACUGCGAACGGAAAUCCAGCUGCCUGUGCAGCAUCACUCCAGUGUUCCCAUGAAUACCGGUGGAUAUUCGAAUUAUUCGCAGCCGCAGCAGUCUUUUGAGCGCGUGAUACCGGUGCAGAUUCAGUACCAACAAAUGCCGUCCCAUCAAAACCGAUCAGAUCAAUGGAGACAACAUGGAUUAUCAGAUUUCUGAACAAACUUACAAUUAAACACCCGCUAAUUUUUAUUCUUGUACUACGCGAAACUGGCCGUAUGAGGCGUGACACUGCAUGAGUAAGCCAUAUGCUUUGCUAAUCCAAGCUACUGCGCAUUGUUACGCGCUUCUUGUACGACACCUUUUGAUAUGUCUUAUCACCGGUGAAAAAUAUGUUUGUCAUAAAAUAUUAUACCCAAGUCUUAUCCAAGCGAGCAGCGUUACUUAUUACGUGGAAGUCUACUAAUAAUUCGCUAAUAAUUUGGUUUAACGUGCUAUGUGCGUCGAAUUUAUUUGAGCUCAAUUCAGCCGUCACCGAAACACUGAAAGCUUUCAGCUGUUCCAUUAGUUUCCGUUUAGAAAA